AUGGAGGCGGUCGGUGCUGCUGCCAACAUCAUCGCGGUCGUCCAACUUGCUUCCAAAAUCGGCUCGAUAUUGUUUCAGUACUCCAAAGACGUCAAGAAUGCCCGCGAUGAUGUGGAGCGACUCACCCAGGCGGUGGCGCACUUGCGAAAGGCCGCCCAAGGCGUGAGACACCUGUUGGAGAGCCAUAAUGGGGAGAGGCUGAAAACAUCUCAAGACUUGGUCGUCGUUACGAGGCAAGCUGAAGAGCAGUUGCAGAAGCUGGGCAGGCGACUCGAGCCAAGUCCGACACGGCAGACAAUGAAACGGUUCGGCUUCCGCGCCUUGAAAUGGCCGUUUCAAAGCACUGAGGCACAAAAGCUCGUAUCGGACAUCGAAAGAUGCACGCAGACUAUGAACUUUGCGUUGCAAAUUGACCAAACUGAGAUUAUUCUUAAUAUAGAACAGACGGUGCUGCUUGACAAGCUCCCAGUGGCUACCGGCGCUACAUUUGAUUCUUACGAGGAAGGACGGAAUCCGACAUGUCUGCCCAACACCAGAGUAGACUUACUUCAGCAGCUAUCCGCGUGGGCAGAUGACUCGGAUUCAGAGGCGAUAUUCUGGCUCAAUGGCAUGGCAGGAACGGGAAAAUCCACAAUAUCUCGUACCAUGGCUAGAGACCUGACCAGAAAGGGCCGGUUAGGAGCCAGCUUCUUUUUUAAAAGAGGUGAAGGUGACCGAGGAAACAUGACUCGGUUUGUGACAUCAAUCGCUGCCGAUAUUGUAGCCAGGGAACCAGCAAUAUCACAUCACGUGAAAAAGACGCUGGAGGAAGAUCCUGGAAUAGUGAAGAAGACACUGAGGGAACAAUUUGACAAACUCAUCUUCCAACCAUUUUCAAAGCUUCCGAAACGGACUGGUGAGCCGAUUGUUCUGGUCGUGGAUGCUUUAGAUGAGUGUGACAAAGACGAUGACAUUCGCACCAUGAUCGAGUUACUUUCUACAGCAAAGAAGUUGCAAAAUUUACGCCUGAAAACAUUUCUCACAAGCCGACCGGAGCUACCGAUCCGACUGGGCUUCCACGCGAUCAAAGGCAAAUACCAAGAUUUGAUUUUGCAUGACAUACCGCUAUCUAUUAUCGAGCAUGACUUGCAGGUUUUUCUCGAGUACAAAACCUCAGAAAUCCGCGAUGAGUACAAUGCGACCGUGCCGAAAGACAGACAGCUUACCCAAGAUUGGCCGGGCGAACUGAAAAUCACGUCGUUGGUCCAUAUGGCUGUACCGCUUUUCAUUUUUGCCGCCACUACUUGUCGGUUCCUUGCCGACAGAAAGUGCGGCAGCCCUGGUAACCAGCUAGAGACCGUUCUUCAAUAUCAGACGAAAAUCCAGGAAUCAAAACUUGAUGCAACAUACUUGCCUGUGUUGGAACAGCAAGUCGUUGGUCUUUCGAAUAGAGAAAAGGCUCAAGUUCUGAGCCAAUUUCGAUUGGUUAUAGGCUCCGUCGUCAUCUUGGCAAGACCACUUUCUACCUCAGCUCUGGCAGGCAUUCUUUUCAUCGAACGAGAGACUGUUGAUGCUCGGUUGGAUUUGCUCCAUUCAGUCCUUAGCGUGCCAGCUUCGAGUGAGGAGCCGGUGAGACUGUUCCAUUUGUCCUUUCGAGAUUUUUUGCUUGACCAAGACAAGCGUGAUACUCAUGCGUUUUGGAUUGAUGAAAAAGAGGCUCAUAGGACCUUGGGAAGAAACUGUCUUAGUUUAAUGGACAAACUAAAGGAAGACAUUUGCGAUCUGAAAUUUCCCGGCACGAGAGCCAAAAAUGUCAGCCCAGACAAGCUUGCCACUUGUCUUCCCCCUCACUUGCAAUAUGCGUGCCUAUAUUGGGUUUAUCAUAUUAGUGAAGCAGAGUUGUGUGAAGAGGAUAUGCAAAGUGUUCACAAUUUCCUGAAAUCCCAUUUUCUACACUGGAUUGAAGCGCUUAGCUUGACGGGACAGGGCUUGGAGAGCAUUAAACUCAUGAACAAUUUGAUCUCAGUUGUCAGCAACCAAAAUUCCCCAGACUUGCUGGCAUUCCUCCUCGACGCCCGCCGAUUUGUGCGCACAAAUUCGUUCGCCUUUGAUUCCUUCCCCCUACAACUCUAUUCCUCUCUCCUACUAUUCGCACCGGAGAAGAGUUUAAUUCGAGAAAUAUUUCAAAAUAACAUUCCGGAAUGGAUUAGUGCACGACCGAAGAGUGAUAAUGAAUGGGGUCGGUGUUUGCAGACACUUGAGGGCCACACGAGGACGGUGAACUCCGUUGCUUUCUCGCCCGACUCAACCCUGAUCGCCUCGGCAUCAUUGGAUAAGUCUGUCCGAUUCUGGAAUUCGGCAACAGGAGAAUGCCCGUUGAUCAUACCACAUGAUCAACCUGUUCGGCAAGCUGUCUUUACGCCGGCCCCUGGGUCGAUAGCAACGGUGUCCGGUCUCAAGGUCCAGCUAUGGCAUGUGAAAACAGGUGCACGUUUACAACAUGGCCAAGACUGUGGGAUUGAAGCUAAUCUCACUUUCAUGGACGGCUUAAUAACCACUUGGCAAAGAUACGCUGGAGGCAGUUUCGGGAUCAAGAUUGCGGAUGAACCCGAGGUUCGAAUACACUCUGGGAGCUCGAAAGCUGGAGUUAUGUGUCAGUCUCACGAUGCUAAGUGGCUCGCUGUGGCUGACUUUCAAGGGAAAAUCCGAUAUUUUCAUACACAAAGUGGUCAGUGUACUUGGGAGUUGCAGCACGAAGAUGCGAUCGCUUCAAUGGCCCUUUCUCACAAUUCCAAAAUGCUAGCAAUAGUUUCAAUACGUGGAUUCAUUACACUUUGGGACGUUGAUACGGAUUUUAGACUGCAUAGAAUCAGCUACUACGACAAUGGGGUUGCCGUAGCGAUGUUCUCUCACAAUUCGGCGUUGCUGGCCACGGCCUCGACGGAUGGGACAAUCAUGCUCUGGCACACCGACACGGGAAAACACUUUCUGACUCUGGAAGGGCAUAGCAACACCGUCAAAUCCGUCGCAUUUUCUCACGAUUCCACCCUCCUUGCCUCGGCAUCUAUUGAUAGGACUAUUCGCGUAUGGGAUAUUGAUACUCAAGAGGCUUCUGCUCCGUCUAAUGGUCAUAGUGGAAGCACUCGCAUGAUUGUUUUUUCUGAAGACUCCAAGGUCAUUGCAUCGGGGUCGUUGGAUGGCACGAUACGAUUGUGGGACAGGGCCACAGGCAAGUGUCUCCAUGUGCUCGACGAGCAUUCAAAGAGCAUUCUGGCGGUGGCCUUCUCACCCGAUUCACAACUCCUUGCCUCGGCGUCAUUUGACGGAACCGUUCGCGUGUGGAGUGUUCAAACCGGGGAGCGUAUUCAUGCCUUGGCCGCGGAGAGUUACGGCGGAGUGCGCACAGUAGCGUUCUCACCUGACUCAACACUCAUCGCGUCUGGUAACUUCGAUGGAUCGGUGCAAAUGUGGGAUGUUUCUACGGGCCAUUGUUCUGAGACACUACUCGGCCACUCUGACAUGGUCACCUCAGUGAAAUUCUCCACAGACUCGACCAUGCUGGUAUCGGCAUCUGUUGAUGGGACUAUUCGGAUCUUUAAUCCCAAGUCUGACCGCGAUUACAGAAAAUUGAAGGGCCACAGUGCAAGGAUUCUGUCCUUCACCUUGUCGAGUGACUCUUCACAACUGGUAUCAGGGUCAGCUGAUAAGACAGUGAAGUUGUGGGACAUGGAAUCCGGAAACUGCAUCCAGACCUUUCAGGGUCACAAGGAUGAUAUCCGUGCAGUCGCCCUAUCCGAAGACUCCAAAUCUAUCAUAUCGGCCUCUUCAGAUGGGACAAGUCGGGUUUGGGAUGCAUCGACAGGCGAAUGCCGCCAAAUUGUUCUAGUCCCCAAGACCUGCACCUCGAUCUCAUUCCAGCAACGAGUCAACAGAAACUGGGAUUUGAUCACAAAUACUGGUAUAAUUCCCAUUAACCGUCCCUUGUCAGACGUGCAUAUUGAGCCUUUGUCUGCUAAAUUCUCUGGGCUUGGGAUCUCGAGUGACUAUAGCUGGAUCACAUUUAACGGUGAGAACCUUCUCUGGUUGCCUGGCGAAUUUAGGCCAAAUGGAGAUUCCCCUAUCGUGAUAUCUGAUUCAACAAUAGCUAUUGGGCGACAAUCGGGGAGAGUCACGAUUAUUGGGUUUAGAUUGGGUCUGUUGGAUUUUUAG